CAUAAAUUGUGGUUUGAUUGCAACAAUUUAUAGCAAAAAAUUGCAUGGAAAACGGAAUGGAAAACGGCGUAUUGCCCGACGGGGACCAAGUGGAUGGAGUUAGUGAAAAUCAGUUGGGUGGUAGCACAGAUGGAGAUGGUGAGGGUGACGCGGCCUCGACGCCACAGCCGCCACCAAUACCGAAUGACGGCUAUGAAGCAGAUGUGGAGCCAAUUUCGAUGGAAAUAUCAGCGCCAUCACCCACUUCAGUCCUUGAGGAUAGUUUGUAUGAAAAGGAUGUGGAUAGCGAUGUGGCAGAUGAUGACAACGACGAUGAGACAAAAGAGAACUACGAGGGCUUUAAUGGUACAGGUCGUACCAUAACUUUGCAGACCUUAAUGGCCGCAAAUGUGCUGCAGCCAGGCAAAUCGUGUAUGACCAUCGAAUAUCUGGGGCAGAAGUUUGUGGGUGAUUUAUUGCCGGACGGUAAAAUAAAAUCUCAAGAGACUGAAACCAUAUUCUUAACGCCCAGUGCGUGGGCCAUGCACUGCAAACGUAUUAUUAAACCCGACAAAAAGAGCGGUUGCGGUUGGGCAUCGGUGAAGUAUAAAGGGAAAAAGCUGGACGCGUACAAAAAUUCUUAUCUACGAAAGUGUUCCUUGCAAAAGGAGUCCACGCCUGAAGAUGGUGACGUUGAUGCUGAACGCAAAUCGGAUAUAUCCGAAACAGUUUUGAAACGCACAGUAUAUCCGCACAAUAGCGUGCCUAAUCGCAAUGUAAUUCACGAUGCUAAUAUGCUCAUCGAGGCUGUUUCCUUUACGUCCGUUGGAAAACUGCAGCCGUUUUUAUUAACAAUUACCUCAUCGGCAUUGCUUUUAGCUGAUUUUCAUAGUCAUUUGACAGUGCGCGAGGUGUGCGGAUAUUUUGGUGGAACGUGGGACAUGAAUUCGCACACUUUAGCGAUUACUAAAACAUAUCCUUGUCGAAACACACGUUUUGACCGAAAGAGGGCUGCAGAAGUGGAGCGCGAUAUUCAAAAAGCUAUGAUUCAAGACCAACUGAUACUUGUGGGUUGGUAUCAUUCCCAUCCGAAGUUCCAGGCAGACCCAACUUUACGUGACUGCGACUCACAAUUGGAUUAUCAGAUACGAAUGCGUGGAUCUAGUGAUCUCACCUAUACGCCAUGUGUCUCACUAAUUUUAUCACCUUAUUAUGACGAAAAUCCCACUUUGGAGUCCGUAGUUAAGUGCAUAUGGAUUGUACCACCUAAUGAGAACAAGCAUUCGAUGGAAUAUGGUCGGCCUAUGCUUAUGCAGUAUUCGGUACUACCAGAUAAAGAGAUUCCAGAGGACGUACGCACGGAAAUCCAAUCUUGUGUUGAUUACUACUCCCAAUAUCGUGGAGAGAUAGUUAAGUUUCCGAACAUAUAUAACAACGAUGUUACUUAUAUUGAGAAGUUAAAGAACACGCUAUAUCCGAAGUUUCCGUCUAAGCAGAGCGACAAAGCGUUGUGGAAUUGGAUUUGUGCCGUUCUGGACUGCGAGCAGGAGGACGACUUUGUGCCACCCAAAACAAUCAAAAUUAUUGAUAAUGAAGAGCAUGCGGUUAAAAUGGAGGCUCCACUUCCUUCUGAUUCUGGGAGUAACAUUAAGUUGGAGGAACCUAAAGAAGAGCUACUUAUAGAUAGCACUAAUUUGAUGGAUGAAGUCGCUCGCAAACUCGACGAAGAAACUGCACAAACCGAACAAAAGGCCAGCGAACUCAAAGUUAUGUCACUUCAAGAGCAGCUAUGCAUGCCUUCCGGCCUCAAUAUGAAUCCAGUUCGGAUGUUGUCUCCACUCGCUACACCCAAUCCAACAAGUCACACGCCGGCCUUGCCAAACAUAGCAACUCCUGUUAUAUCGCAAGGCAUAGUUGCGAAUCAGCUGCUUCCCCCACACACGCCUGUGGUGACCAAUGCUCAAGUAACAAGUCAAAUAACUACCACAACAUCUGCGUCGUCCGCCUCGCCACGAGACAGCCCCAUAACUAUACCAUCGAAUUCGGCCAGUCCGGCUAAGUGUGAAGGACCAAUGCCUUCACCUGCAAAAUCUGACACUUCAUCGCACACUUCUCGCACACGUAACUCACCGGCCCCAAGUCCAGGCAAGUUCAGCGUCAGCGAUAUCGCUCGUAACAGUCCGAGUAUAACACCCAAUAAGUAUGAGACCCCAUCAGCACAGCUAGUACCGCCGUCAGCCGCAUGUCUACCGACUGCAAACGACCUGAUGGCGGCCAGUUUGGCCCAUCUUGCCGGACAAUUGCCGCCCAAUUUUCUUCAGACCGACCUGGCAUCUCUAUUCCAACAACAGCGAAAAGAUUACGGUAGUUCUUCACUUAAUCAGCUGGCGGCGGCCGCCGCUAAGGUUGGUGGCCAGAAGCUUACGAGCAGCAACACUCCAUCAUCCACCGGACUGGGAGAUUUCAGCGAUCCCAAUGUUGCUGCAGCAGUGGUUGCGUAUUCCAACAGCUUCAAUAUGCCACUACCUUCAGUAGGCAAUAACAGCAGCAAGUCGAAGUCUGAACGAUCGUCCAAGUCUUCAUCAUCAUCGUCGUCAUCAAACUCAAGCUCCUCAUCGAAUUCCUAUAAAACAAAGCUCAUGAAGGAGCUGGACGAACUCAAAAACGACCCGCUUAAGAUGAGCGAGCUGAUUCGUUCCCCAGAAUACGCAGCACUGUUGCUGCAACAAGCCGAAGCGCUGGGCGCCACUACGCUUGGUACUUUGGGUUUUGGAUCGGAUUUUAAUUAUAUUACUGGUGCCGGACUCGGCAUGUCAGCAGGAAAUUCUGUUACCAAUACCGGUGUAUCGAACUCUUCGUCUAAUAAGUCCCCCAAAACGUCUGCAACAGCAGCGGCUGCCGCAGCUGCCCUCAAUGCGGACUACAAUAAUCUCAUUCAAGCAUCGAAGCUACUUGGUUACGAUUCCUACAUGCAACAGCAAAGCAAGCAGAACAACGACCUUAAUGCGUUUCUUCAACAGCAAAUGGCCGCUGUCGCCGCCGCCGCUAUACAGCCGCCAUCUGUCCCUACGAGUAAUAGUUCUAAGAAGCAACAACAACAGCAACAUCAGCAGCAGCAACAACAACAGAAUGCCGCUCAAGCCGACUAUACCGCCCUUUUGCAGACAUAUACGAAGCUAUUCGAUCCGAACAAUCAAUUCGCUGCCCUGGCGACGGGCAAGCACUUGACAGGCUCCCACAACGAGCUCUCAGCGCUGCUCACGGGUGGCAGCAGCAGCGGCAGUUGCAAUUCAAAGCAAAAGCAGAAGGAUAUUCAAUCGGAUGUACUUAAUCAGCUGCUGCAACUGGAAAAGCAAGACUCCGAAAUAAAGGCGCUCCUUUAUCGACAGAGCAAGACUAAUGCCGAACUGGACGCAUUGUUUACCUCGCCAUCGGGCGGGGGCUCAGCAUCGAAUUCAAAAUCAAGCAGCUCUGGAUGCGGCCUUGUAGGUGCUCCUUCGCCUUUGUCCAACCCAGCUGCAUAUUAUAACGCAUUGGCGCAGGAAAAAAUGCAAGACUAUGCCGCAUUCUUUCAGCAACAACAUGGCAAGUACGGCAUACCUGAUCCCCUAUCGAAGUCGACGUUAGCGGCCAACAACAUGUUUAUGUCGCCAACGGCACUGUUUAAAAUCCAGCAGGAAUCGUUAUCGGCCAUGAUGAUGAAACCCCCAAAAUCCACCACCCCUUCAUCGGCGCGCACAAGAGAGUCGUCGGCUUCCCCAGCAUUGGAGCGCCUAACUCCCACCAAAUCCGUUAGUAACAAUGCCAACACCGCCGGGAAAUACAAUUUUAGUGCCGUCGAUUUGGCCAUAUCGAGUGUGCCUUCAAACACACCGUCGCCUGCACCGUCUGACGGCAGCAACAGCUCGUUGCAUCGACGACCAUCGAAUACACCGCCCGUAGACUUGAGUCGUUUGUAUGGCGAUUUGGCCCCACCAGCAGCACUCCUGAAUAGUGCCCUGCCAAAGAAGCGAAUGGAGUUUGCUUCGGUGGCCGACUUAGUUGCGCCGCCACCAGCCAAAAUCCCUAAAACCAGUAUGGCUGACGACGCUCUAAAUUUAUCACACGACUAGAAUAUAUAAUACAUCAUUAUUAUCUUCUGUAUCUACUCACAUUCUUAUUCCAUCUUGAAAAACAUGCCAGUGUUGCUCAUACGCUUGCUUUUGAUCCGCACCCCUCCCAUCUUUAUAGAUUUUACAUUUUUUAAUUUUUAAUAAGUAUUAAUUGAUUUACUUCUUAGUAGUGAACCGGAAUAAAUAUUACUUUUAGCUCUUUCCGUUCGUUACGGCAAUCAUUAGGCGAGUUAAGUAAACAUGUAUGUAAUUUAAG